AGUAUAAACACAUUUGAAAACUAUCAAAUAAUUUCCUUAUCACGUGUUUUCAAGGAAAUUUUUUCAAUUGACAUUUUAUACAGUUAUGAUAAGUUUGAUCGGCCGUUUUUGCUAUGUUUAAUGGCACACAUUUUAAUUAAUCUUUUAAUUGUCUCUUUCUGCGUUUAUUGCAAAGAAGCGACAGAACCGGUUGAUCCAAAAUGCUUCGUACCUGGAAAACAAGAAAAACGAUGUUGUUCAGACUAUAGAACAAUCGAUGCAAAAUGUUACGCAUGCAUAGGUUCCUUUGGAAUGGAAUGUGUUAAACCAUGCCCUUCUGGAUACCAUGGAAUACAAUGCUUGGAGAAAUGUCUGUGUGAUGAAUGUCACAGAACAACUGGUGCAUGCCCUAACCUAACUAUAACAACAGAGAUCGAAAGUCAUACGAAAGAAAAGUGUUAUAACCAAGUAAUCAUCAUUAUACUCUGUGGUUGCAUUGUAUCUUUACUAGUGCUGCUGGUGGCAGUUGUCGUAAAAAGGAAAACGACUUCACAUGGCCCCUACCAGCAUGGACUUGUAAACAUAGAUCCGACCUCUGCAGGUUAUUCAACGGCUGAAAACCAAACUUAUCUUGAAUGCGACCCGACAAAAAUGAUUGAAAUCAAAUACCUUGACAAUCAAAUGGAAGAGCUACGGAAUAUUGAAUCAAGAUCUGAACAUUACGUCUCUGUCACUUCAAAAUUUAACCCUAAAGAGGACGAUAAACAUCCUUCUAGGUUAGAUGUAUGGAACACAAUCAAAGAGGAUGUAAAAAAUAAUAAAGAAAAAAAGAGUAUCAUGCGUAUACUCUCAAAAAGAUUUUCUUUGAGAAAUACAAGCGACAAAUGUAGUUACAUGUCUGUUGUUGAUAACCAGACGCCAUCUUAAAAUACCAAAAUAAUCUGAUAUCACAUUCAUAUUAAAUGUAUAUGUUUGUUUAAGAUGUUUAUAUUGUAUUUUGAAAAACGUUAAUAAAUUGCAAUUGUUUAUGCUUAUUUGAUGAAUACGUUAUAGUGCUAGCGUGUUCCGCAUUCUAAUAAAAUAUCGAGCAUUUUCAUUUUAUGAUU